AUGGCGGAAUAUGAAGUUUGUAUUCUCGGACUCAGGAUGGCCAUCGACAUGAACAUCAAAGAACUCUUGGUGAUAGCAGAUUCCGAUUUAUUGGUUCACCAGGUGCAAGGAGAAUGGACCACUAAGAAUGUCAAGAUCCUGCCUUAUCUGCAUUGCAUUAAAGAGUUGAGUAGGAGAUUCGCAAGGAUUGAGUUCAAGCAUGUCCCUCGAACUCAAAAUGAGUUUGCCGAUGCUUUGGCAACAUUGUCCUCGAUGAUUCAACACCCAGACAAGAAUUACAUCGACCCUAUCGAUAUAGAGAUGCAUGAUCAACAUGCAUACUGUUUUCAUGUAGAUGAGGAAUUGGAUGGAAAACCCUGGUACUAUGACAUCAUAAGAUUGAUAGAAGCACAAGAAUAUCCUGAAAAUGCCACAAGAAACCAGAAACAGACUUUGAGAAGGAUGGCCAAUAAUUUCUUCCUUAACGGAGAAAUCAUGUAUAGGAGAACUUCAAAUUUAGGAUUGUUGAGGUGCGUCGACGCCGCAGAAGCGACAAGGCUUUUGGAAGAAAUACAUGCAGGAACAUGCGGACCUCACAUGAAUGGGUUCACUUUGGCAAAGAAGACUCUAAGAGCCGUGUAUUUUUUGAUGACCAUGGAGAGAGAUAGCAUUCGGUAUGUGCAAAAAUGUCAUCAGUGUCAAGUGCAUGGAGAUUUUGUACGGGUUCCACCGAGUGAGCUCAAUGUGAUAGGUUCCCCUUGGCCAUUUGCUGCUUGGGGCAUGGAUGUUAUUGGACCCAUAAAGCCUCCCGCGUCAAAUGGACAUUGUUUCACUCUGUUGGCUAUCGAUUAUUUCACAAAAUGGGUCGAAGCUUCGACAUACAAGGCAGUGGCUAAGAAGGUAGUGACAGACUUUGUUCGCAACAACAUAGUUUGUCGGUUUGGAAUUCCAGAAUCAAUCAUAAUAGAUAAUGCAGCCAACCUCAACAACGAUAUUAUGAGGGAAACUUAUGAAAGGUUCAAGAUUGCUCAUCAAAAUUCCACGAUUUACCGGCCACAGAUGAAUGGAGCAGUUGAGGCUGCAAAUAAGAAUAUCAAAAAGAUCCUAAGAAAAAUAGUGGACAGUCACAAGCAAUGGCAUGAAAAGUUACCAUAUGCUUUACUUGGUUAUCGCACCACAAUCAGACCAUCAAUUGGGGCAACUCCUUAUAUGUUGGUUUAUGGUUCAGAAGCAGUAAUACCUGUUGAGGUGGAAAUACUAUCUUUAAGGAUUAUCCAAGAAGUUGGUUUGGACGAUGCAAAAUGGAUAUGUAGUAGGCAUGAACAAUUGAUGCUCAUCGAUGAAAAGAGGAUGGACGUGAUUUGUCAUGGCCAACUCUAUCAAAACAGAAUGACCAAAGCGUUCAACAAGAAAGUCAAACCUCGACGGUUCACACCGAGGAAGCUGGUAUUGAAGAAGAUCUUUCCUCACCAAGGAGAAUCCAAAGGGAAAUUUGCACCAAAUUGGCAAGGACCCUACAUGAAUCAUAGUGUACUCUCAGGAGGAGCGGUAAUCUUAGCAGAAAUGGACGGCAGAGUGAGCACAAAGCCAAUCAAGACGCCAUCAAGAAAUACUACAUCUGAAGACCUCAAGAUUAGCGUUUAUUUUGUGUACUUUUGCAUUGUUUAA